CGUCUUGUUCGCCGACCCGCGUGUCUCUCUCUCCGCCGCUCCCAGCCGGCGUCGCGUCUAUAAACUCGUCGCCCAAACCGAAUUUCCAAAUCCCGCACGUGGCUCAACACAAGUCUCAUCCGCCAACCAUCCACAUUUUUAUUCAUUUUAUCGUGCCAAUCGAGUACACAAUUCUAUUUUUUCGAAUUUUAGGAGUGUAAUUUCAAUUCACUGCCGGCAGAAUAUAAAAUUUUACACCACCCACAGUGAAAAGUGUCCGAUUAAACUGUUCUCAGGAGUCCGGAUCCGUCAAAAAUUGUCCAUCGCUCAUGAUUUCGUGCUCUAUUGAGUGAACCUUACAAAAGCUAUGGUGAAAUAGCGGUUUUUUUCGGAAGUUUCCGGUAUAGCUGCCCUAAUUGUGUUCAUUUCAAAAUUAGAUCGAAUACGUCCGCAAAUAUUUGCCGCAUGUUCUUAUUUUCUUAAAUUUUAACUCCCAAUGUAAUUUCCGCAAUUAUUUUUGGGUUGGAGCUGUUUUUUGAGUGGCAUUUUCUUGAACGAGCGUUCGGUUUAACGCAGAAUCACUUGAUCAAAUUUCAAAUUUCCGAAGCAGAUGCACAUGUUUUGAUCUCCAUAAAUCUAUAAAAUUUCACCACCUUAGUUUUUCCCCCGGUGACUCCAAAAUUUUAGUGUGAAUUUUUUUUCUUUUUUAAUCACUCGUCAAAUUUCGGCUCGUGUGUUAAGAUUUCGUUUCUGAAUGUGUAUUCCCGGCACGGCAGACCUGGAUAAUUAGCGCCAAACCUCCCGAUAUAUCUCGGUUCCUAGAUCCAGCGGUCAACUGUCAGUUGCAAAUGUGAGCGCGGAGUUAGAUUACCAUCGCACUUAUCGUUGACUCAACUUCCACUCGAAGGAAGUAUUUUAAAAAAAUUGAAGUUCCAUUUUUUGUGAGUGCGGUUGGAUAUUGGUGAACUAUUUUGGAUUCGGGGGAUUUUCCGGAGUUUUCCGGGUGAGCUGCCGCGCGUUUCCGGUGCGGGUGAGCGAAUUAUGCAGGUGAGCUGACGAGGGAACAUGGGCUCCGGCCGGAGGCUUCAGAGGCUCCUGGGCUUGGCUGCCGUGAUCUCGGGCUUCGUGUUCGUGCUGGGCUGCCUCGUCGUCGGCGUGCUGUGGAACUGCGGCUCCCUCGAGGUCCAACUACCCCGAUUCAGUUCCGAAUCGAACGUUUUCCUCCCUCAGUUUUUUACGCACGGAUAUUACAAUUCAUCGCCGGGUGACGAGCUCACUGCCUACAGCCAGGUCGAAAUCAGCAACGAUGCGAACACAUCAGAGACAGUCUCUUUCAUCACCGAAAGACUGAAAAUUGAAUCGGAAAAUUUAUCAGCUAAUUCGAGCGAGGAUGGCGAGGCGACGAGACACGGGCAGGAUUCCAGCUCGAGGAAAAAGAUCGAGUUGGUCAAACCAGUCAAGACUUCGCCUGCACCUCUCAACGAGCACGAUAUACUUUUCUCGGGCGACCAGCUUAAAACGGACGAUCAUCAGUCUUUGCGUCACCAUUCCGGCCACUUUCGACACAAGCAAGCCACCAUCUGGGAUCCCCACCCUCAAUACGAAUUUACCGCUUUCGGUAAAAAGUUUCAAUUGGAACUCAGACACGACUCCAGCUUCGUGCUCCCAAACAUUCAGGUGACACACGUAUGGAAUAACAGGACAGAGGAAACGCCACCUACCGAAGGACGACCAGAGGGUUGCCUCUAUUCUGGCAAAGUGAAAGGCGACGCUGCGUCCAAAGUUGCUGUCAGCCUUUGCAACGGCAUGAAGGGUCAUAUCCGCACGUCCACAGGAAAUUUCUUCAUCGAACCAGCGGAACAGGCAGAAAAUUUUACAACCCCUAUCUUGCACCAUUUUUACCGAGUGCCGGCUACGGAUAAGGAAGACUCUACCGCCAGCCAUUGUGGUCUCACCGAAGAAAACAUCGAAGUUCAAGAAAUCUUGAGCGAGCCUUCGACGACUCAAGAAACCCCAUCACGAAGCCGAAGGAAACGGUCGACAUCGCAAGAAUACUUCGUAGAGCUCAUGGUAGCGGCCGAUCAAAAGAUGGCGGAUUACCACGGAGCCGGACUCCACCUCUACAUCCUCACUCUGGUUUCAGUUGUAGCUUCAAUUUACAAAGAUGUUACCAUUGGGAACCCGAUCAGCAUAGCCCUGGUGAAGCUCGUCAUUUUGCGCGAUUCGGAUUUUAGCGAAAUGACGCACAGGGAGAUGUCCGGUCCUGAGCGACUGAAAAAAUUCUGCGCUUGGCAGCGGAAACUCAACGAGGAGAACGGGGCAAACAGUCACUACGACGCUGCUGUGCUCUUGACAAGGGGAAUCUUGUGUCAAAACACUCAGCAAAGCAAAUGUCAUGUACUUGGGCUAGCAGAGGUAGGCACUGUCUGUGCUGAAAAUUCUGGUUGUGCUGUCGUACAAGACAACGGUCUCAGUGCUGCAUUUUCAAUAGCUCAUGAAAUUGGACACUUGCUCAAUAUUCCCCACGAUGAUGACCCCAAGUGCAACACAUUCCGUCAGCCAGACAGUGCGAACAAUGUUAUGUCUCGAGUCUUGGAUCACAGCUCCAAUCCAUGGGUUUGGUCCAACUGCAGCCGUCACUACUUGACAGAAUUUUUAGAUGCAGAAAGAGGCUCCUGUUUUCUGAACACCCCUGGGUAUGACUACUUGGACUAUCGGACUCUCAACCUGCCAGGAGAGAAAUUCAGUGUCAACCGACAGUGUGAACUGGUCUACGGCAAUGGAUCAGAAAUAUGCCCUUAUAAACCCGCUUGUAAGAAUCUUUGGUGCACCAAAGUGCAGGCUGGUGGUGAGAUUGGGUGUCAAACUGAGCAUCAACCAUGGGCCGAUGGGACACCCUGUGCCGAUGGAUUGUGGUGUCAGCGCGGCGAAUGUGUGCCUGAGAACAGAUACUCCUUGCAACCGAUUGAUGGGCAGUGGGGUGGAUGGCAGCCCUACGGACCAUGCUCACGGUCUUGUGGAGGUGGCGUGAAGCAGUCUGUGCGCUAUUGUGAUGAGCCUCCUCCUGCCAAUGGCGGCAAAUAUUGCAUAGGUGCAAGAGUUCGAUACAAAUCUUGCAAUGUUCAGGAGUGCCCCCCUAAUACACCUGAUUUUAGAGAGGAACAGUGUGCAAAAUUCAACAAUAAUAAUUUCAAUGUUCAUGGACUUUCAACUGAUGUGAAGUGGGUUCCAAAAUAUGGGACAAGUAAAGAUAAUCAGGAUGAUAGAUGCAAGUUGUAUUGUCGAGUGGCUAGUUCAAAAGGGUAUUAUUCAUUGGGCAACAAAGUAAUUGAUGGUACCAAGUGCACUCCCGACACCUAUGACAUGUGUGUCAAUGGUGUCUGCAAGAAAGCUGACUGCAAUCACAUUUUAGACUCAGAUGCUCAACUUGAUGCAUGUGGUGUUUGUGGUGGUGAUAACAGUAGCUGUAUCAUGAUAAGUGGAACCUACAAUGAAUCGAUUUAUGGAUACUCUAAAGUUGUUCGUAUCCCAAUUGGAGCUAGCUCUCUGGACAUUCGACAAGAUGGAUACAUAGCAGCACACAAAAAUGAUAACUAUUUAGCUCUGUCAGAUGGAGAAACUGGAGAAUACAUACUAAAUGGAAAUUUCAGUGUUAGAAAUAAAACCAAACUUAUCCUUUAUGGUGGGACCAUCCUUGAGUACUCGGGCUCAGAAGCUAUUGUUGAGCGAGUGAAUUCAUCAAAACCGCUCACCAAGGACCUUGUUGUUGAGGUUCUUUCAAACGGUAAUUUGCACUCUCCGAAUAUAGUGUAUCAGUACUGGAUCCAAGAUCAUUUCUUGAAUAAGUUUAAAUGGAAGUUGACUGAUAAAUGGAGUCCCUGCACCAAAGUUUGCAAAGGCGAGACAGAACGAAUGGUGAAAUGUGUAAAGCUUGAUGAAGGUCAUGAAGUUGCGGCUGAUUACUGUGCAGGUUUACCUUUGAGAGAACCAGUCCGGAAAUCAUGCAAUGUUGAUUGUGAAUUAAAAUGGUUGAUUGUAAGUCAGUCGGAAUGCUCUGCCAUGUGUGGAAGUGGUCAUCGAACACUCAGAGUGCAGUGCAUUCAACAUUUUCAUCAUCCAUUCUCCUCACCUGUACCUCUAAAUAACAGCACAUGCAAUUUUCUGCCGAAACCUCCAACUGACAUUCCAUGCAAUGGUCCCUGCAAUCGUGGUAGAUGGCGCUACUCACAAUGGGGAGCGUGUUCCAAGACUUGUGGAGCAGGUGUGCAAACUCGUCAAUCUGAGUGCGUUGAUGAAAACGAUGAGCCCUUGCCAGAAACUGAUUGUAGCCCAUCGGAUAAAUAUGACAAACAAGCGUGUGCUACUCAAAAAUGCCCUCAAUGGUCGGUUGGAUCCUGGGGUGAAUGUUCUGCCUCUUGUGGAAUGGGUAAGAGACAACGAUCUAUCUGGUGCCAAAUUAAUAAUCUAGUCGUUGAGCCAUACAACUGUCCUCUUAAAGUGAAGCCAUCAGAAGUCGAGAGUUGUAACAAGCAAUCUUGUCCAAAGUGGAUUGAAGGACCCUGGUCUUACUGCUCUGUCACCUGUGGAGAGGGUAUCAUAACACGGCCUGUCAAAUGCAGCUCAGGAAACGAUGACGAUUGCUUGCAAGAAUUGAAACCAGAUGACACAAAAAUAUGUUAUGAGCAUCCUUGUCAAAGUGUUCAUGAAAAUGAGAUACCGGACAGCAAUGCAAUUUACAAACUCAACCGUUGGAAUUGGCGAUACAGUGACUGGGAACCUUGCUCAACAACAUGUGGCGAAGGCAUCAGAAGGAGAUCUGCAAUAUGUUAUGAUGAAAUCGCCUCAAAAAUAUCCGAUUACAGCAAUUGCAAUUCAAUCGAGAAGCCAAGACAGACAGAAUCAUGUUUCGUAACAUCCUGCGGUAUUUGGAAUAUAAGUGAGUGGGGACCUUGCUCAGUUAGCUGUGAGCAGGGCACUUCGACAAGAGAAGUAGCAUGUAUUUCAGUUUCAGGCGGUUUGCCUCUGCCUGAACAAGAAUGCAAUGAACCAAAACCUUUAACUGAAACAGUUUGUGAGGCUGCAAAACAGUGCAGUGCUGAAAGUAAUAUUCCAGCUCAAUGGUUGGCUGGUGCUUGGAGCCAGUGUUCAAAGCCCUGUGAUGGAGGUUUCAUGUCACGUCAAGUUAUUUGUCAAGUAGAUGGUCAACCGAGCACUGCUUGCGACAUGUCUAACAAACCUGAAACUACUGCACCUUGUAACCAACAGCCAUGCAUCAAAACAACUUGGAAUUUUGGAGACUGGUCUCAAUGCAAUGUGAGUUGUGGAGGUGGUUUUCAACAUCGUCAAGUGCGGUGUCAGGAAUCAAUGCUAGGGUUUGCAAAACCUGACUCAAGUUGCUCACACACUGUAAAACCUGCACAGAUUCAACCAUGUAAUUUAGAGCCAUGUCCAGAUGAUGGAAAGAAAUACAUUUGGAAACCGUCGAUUUGGGGACAGUGUUCUACAAACUGCGGCCCUGGUACUCGCAAACGCUCAGUUUAUUGUGUUCAUGCAACUACAAAUGAUGUAGUUUCACCCACAUACUGCAAAGACAAACGGAAGCCACGAGAUACACGAGAGUGUCGGAGAGCUCCUUGCCCGAACGAAUGGGUCAUGGAAGAAUGGUCUCAGUGCUCAACCAGUUGUGGACCAGGAGUGCAGUAUCGAGAAGUGAAGUGUCAGCGAAUCCACAAGAGACAAACUUUGUUAGUCAGCAAUGAAAAGUGUGAUCUCAAAAACAAACCACCAUCUAAACAGUCAUGCCAAGUAGAAGUUUGUAAUACCAACUAUUUCCUUGUUCCCGGUCCAUGGACAGCUUGUUCACACACUUGCGGGAAGAAAGGCCGGCAGAGGAGGAAACUAUACUGCUACGACCAGCGGACUCGCAAAAAAGUCCGCCGCUCCCUCUGCAAUACAGCAUCAGAACCAACAAUGAAUAUUUUCAAACCUGCAAGGAAGAGGAAAUGUAACCAAAAAAGAUGUAGUCUGUCAUCUUGCUUAGCUGUUAAAGAAAAAUUGGGAGUAAAGGAAGACAGAGAAUAUCCCAUGACAGUUGCAGGUCGCAAUAUCUCAAUAUUUUGCCAUAAUAUGAAGUCAGAGAAUCCACAAGAGUUUCUUUCUCUACCGUCUGGUGAAAAUUAUGCCGAAAUAUACGGUCCCAGAUUGAUGGAUCCAAGAUCUUGCCCUUAUGGUGGAGAAAGGAAAGACAAUUGCCCUUGUAUCAAUGAUUCCAAUAGAGGAGGAUUAACUGUUUUCCAUAAAGUUCGGCUCAAUGUCACCACUCUGACUGUUAUCAGGAAUGAUUUUACAUUUGCAAAACAACUCUACGGAAUGCCCGUUUAUUUUGGAGAGGCAGGAGACUGCUAUAGUAAAUUAAGAUGUCCACAAGGCCGUUUCAGCAUUGAUCUUCGAGGAACUGGUUUGAGAGUGUCAAGUCAGACGCAAUGGACCAAUAUUGGAACUUGGUCUAAUAAGCAGAUUGACCACUUAGAGGACAAUCGAAGUAUUGUAGGGCGGUGUGGAGGGUACUGUGGAACGUGCAGGCCAGAACACGAUUUAAAGCUCGAUACUUUACCACCGUAAUCUUCGUCUAGAAGCUGAUGUGGCAUGAACUUCAUGACUUCAACAAUGCACUCUUCCGGCUGCUGAUGUUUCGACUGAUUUGUGCCAGAAUCGAGCUCAGUCAAUGGAAGAAAACAUCAGAGUGAAUUUUUACUAUAUCUUGAAAUACUCAAAAAUGUAUGCUCGAAGCACUGCCUGACCAAAAGAGCAUUUUUGGGCUCAAAGGCCAUUUUCUUUUUUUUCUUUUUUAAUCAAUAUAACAUUCAUCUUUUUACCAUUUGAUGAAUUGAACGGUUUUCAGA